AAUUCAAUACAAUUUACUUUCAUAUAAAUAUUAAUUGUCAAUUACACUAAUUUUUUUUUGAUCAAAUGCACUAAUCUUAUUUAUCUAAAACUGUUGAUUAAAUAUAUAUAAUUAAUAAGAACAUAAAUACAUUUCUAACAUUUUUAAUAUAUGUGAAAAUGUCAAAGUGACAAUUCUUAAUAAAACAGAAAGAAUAUUAUUAAACAAUCAUAAGGAUAUGAAACUACCUCAAUUAGAUAAAUCACAUAUUUGAAGUUCGAGUCUCCAAACGAUUAUAAAAAAUUACAGAGUAUUGAUGUAGAACCAUAAAUAGUCUCGAAUACUAUGAAAAGUUAUUUAUAGUUAAGUAUGGUAUGUAUAUAUAACUGUCUGUUAUAGAAUUGUGGGAUCAUUAUAUGUGGACUUCUCCAUCAUAUUGAUUAUGAUGUAGAUAAUUGGUUUUAGUAAUUUGCAAUAUGAUGAGACUAACUAUUUCUGAUAUAAGAGACUGACAAAAAUAAAAUGAAAGGCAGCAAGUUAAUAGAUUCAGAGUGCUUUUCUUUUGCUAAGUACAAAUUCAGAGUGGUCGCCUUUAAUUAUUAACAAACUCAACAUAAAGAGAGUAAUAAAACAUACGUAUACUACUAAUCAGCAUAAUUAAAUUUGAAAGUUGAAACCACACAAACACCAGUAAUAUAAUUUGUCAAUCCAUCGACAUUUUAGUAUACAGCACUAUUUAGCACUAACACAAACUUAAUUAAAUCAUCAUUCGCAUCAUCAUAUAGCCAUGGUAUAUACGUGUAUAGAUAAAAUAUAUUUAGAAAGAUUACACAUAACAUGCAUGGAAUGCAUAUAUAUUAACAUAUCAAUUUUGUUUUUUUUUUUAAAAUCAUUUGAUGUCAAAAAAAAAAUCAUCUGCUUCUUGUUCUCUCUGUAUUUAUGUUUCAAAUCUGAAAAGUUUGAUAAUGAUAUCUUAACAUUUUUACCAAAAAAAAAAUAGUUCAGAUGGCUAUGUUUAGAAACGCUUAGUUUGAUAUAUAUAGUUUAUAAUACCAAAAACAGUUCUUAGGAAAUUAGUAUUUUAAAAUGUUUAAUUAAGUUAUUAUUUUUCCUUUAAAAUCUUGUGUUACUUAUAUAUAUAUAUAUAUAAUUUGACUAUUUAUGGCUAAGUGAUUUUUAAAAUAGCUAAAUUCAAAUUAAAAAGCUUUUUAUGAAAUGAAUAGUUUAACUUAUGUGAUUUUUCAUAUGUUCAUGAAUGAUAAAGUAUCAACUCUAACCUCUCUUUCAUCUUAUAUAUUUAAUUUUUUUAUGUAUUUAUUAAAAUAUAUGCUUAGGUUAUAAUAUUAUUAAAGAAAAAGUCAAAAUAUACAAUAUUAUGAUAUGGUGGGAGAUUAGUGGCCAAUAAGUCCUUAUCUGACUUCUCAUUCCCCUUCUAUAUUUUUAUAGUAACAUUUAUGAAAUGCAGUUUAUACUAAUAGCUAAAGUUUAAACAUUUUGUUUCUGUCAUUUCUGCUAUCAUUGUAUAUAAGAAAUGCAUUGUUAAUAUAUAUGGUCACAUAUUAAUUAAAUAAUUAAAGCAAGUACACAUUCCUAGUGGUUCGACUACACCAAUGGGUUAAGAUGAAGACGAAUGUGGAUAAUAUUGUAUAAAAUAUACAGUAAUACUCUAUAUGGGAUACUUCAAUCGGAUUUGACAGUGAGAUAGUUUUUCUUCUUCUUUUUUGUCAACAAGCAUACUUUAUUUCCUGAUAUAGUAUUAUAGUUUAGUAACAAAAGUCAUUAGUAUUACAUAUAAAGCUAUAAAUUUAAAUCAGUUAACCCUAGCAUGCUAAAACAUGUUAUACGUCUUUUAGUAUAUGUAAUAAGGGCUGUUCAUGAGAAAUGAAUUGAAAGACUUCAAACCAAAAACAUGUAUGGAUCAUGAAAAACAGAAUGUUUGAGAAAAUCUUUAUUUUUCUACCUUUUUUAGAAAUUAGGUUUGUAACUAUAUAUACUGAUGAAGAUUUUGUAAGGAUUACGGGAAAGGUGAAUUUGAUCAAACCUUAAGGGUUUGGUUUGCAAACCGAUGAGAGUAGUUUAGGAAUCACUUUUUUUCAAACAGAGACGCAUUCUUUGUAAAUAUGUUUUUUUAUCUGAAUAAAUUUAACAUUCAUUCAAACAAUUUUAUUUUGUAAAAUAAUUGGUCCAUUAUUGUAGCAAGCUCAAGCUUCUCUUACUUGUACCCAAUGCCGAUCGUUCUCAUUUGGUAUUGUUCAAGCCACUAUAUAGCUUCUCAAAAAAAAAGCCACUAUAUAUAGGAUUUUUUUGUUUAAGGGUUUGCCACUAUAUAUAUGAUAUAUUAAUCGAACAAGCAGAUAAGAUCUAUCAAUAUAUGAACAUAUAUCGUUAUAGUGAUUGACAUGGAUUUGGAACACUUUAAUCUCAUUCUUGGUCGAUUCCAAGUCUUCCUAAUCUAUAACUUGCAGUUUGUUUCAUCAACAACGCAACAUAAGCUUUUUCAAAAAAAAAAACAACAACGCAACAUAAGCUUUAAGAAAAACAAAAACAAAAACAAAAACAACAACGCAACAUAAGUUUAACUGUGAGUUUUUGUCUACACGCCUUGAUGAAGCCAGAUUUAUCUUCAUACUGCAUUCGUAUUCUUCGACUUGCCAUAUAUACCGGAUAGAAAGUUCUAACAUUUCCUGUUACAAAAAAAAAAACAAAAAAGUUCUAACAUUUCAUGCAUCGACCACUAAGUUCUUGACUAUCUUGAUACCAGAGUUUUAAGCUCCUCUAAAAGUUCAUGCAGUAGAACAUUUGUCUUAACCGAAUUUUGUUUAAGGAAGUAAUAAAAAUUCUUAUUAAAUAUCUAUACUCUUCUUGCAAAGGUGUAAUAUAAAUUUGUAGAUUGGUAUAGGUUAAAAAGACUAGUAAUGUGAUUCCAAAGGAAAAAUCACAAGUAGUUGUUUCGAUAUACAACACAACCAGUAUAGUUGCUCCAAAAAAAAUUACAACACAACUAGUACUGUGAUUUCAAACCAAAUUAUAUAUGAUACAUUUGACUCAUAGGAAUCCAAUAUAUAUUGGUCGGUAAUUUUUUAAACGAAUGAUGACUAGUUUAAUUAGCAUAAUAAGUUAAUAACUAAUACUAAUGGAGGGCUCAACAUUAUUUAUAUUUUAUCACAUGGUUGCAAUUGCAUAAUGUCUUAAGAGCCGACCUUAAAGCGAAGGCCACCAUUUUAGAUAACGCCUCCUUCUAGUUUGAUCUUAUUAAUAUUAUGUUUUUUGUCACCCACUCGUUUCAUUAUACUGUAGUUAGAUAACUCUGUUAGUCAAGCCAACUAAUGUAAUUGUUAAGCUCGAUGCAUUGUUUUUCUCACUCACUAAUAAAUACAUUAUCAUAAACACCUAAACAUGUACUACUAUCUUGUUUUCUUUUGAAAAGCGUAAACCAUUUUUUUUGAAUUGUUGAUGAAAGCGUAAACCAACUUGUGGCUUAAAUAAGUUUGAUUAGUGCUACCAUGUUCUUGAUUUCUUUUGUAACUGAGGUUUAAGUGCUUAAAACAUUAUCAUAGACGACUAUAAAUAUAAUUUUGUUUUAAGGGCAAACCAACUUGUGGCUUAAUAACGAUACUCUUUUGUUUUUUGUUCUGCCAAAGUAUAUGAAAGCCAUUUUUGAUAUUAAAUUUCUCUUUUUUUUUCCUCAACUCCUUCAUUUAAAAAAUAUAAAUAUAAAUAAUAAAAAAGUGUUGAUAAUUCAUGUGCCUAAUGUAGGUUUAACACGUAGUGCGAGGUGUGUUUUAAAUCAUUACUAUCAUGAAAACACCAAAUACUAGACUUGCACUCGACGAAAUUAAAGAAAUAUCUUAAAAAUGAUAGGAGUAUGUUUUUAUAUACAUUUUUUUACGUCGAGAACUUUUAUCUAAAUAAGGAUCCUUUGAUCGGGCAUAAGGCUUCAAUUUACACAUAAAAAAUUAUUAGGCUUUGAAUUUUAAUUUACUACUUAAAUUUUGUAAGAAAUAUACCUAUACAGUUGUAUUAAUAAUGGCACUAAAUACUGAUAAACUUUCUAUUACAAAUAUAAUUGGAAUAGUUUUUUUUGUAACAAAUUUGGAAUAGUUUACUUUCAACUAUUCUCUAUGUCAGAUAAAUAAUCAAUUAAAGAAAGGAAAACAAAGAAAGGAAAAAAGGUGAAUGAGCAUGGAGAAGCAUUAUGAUGACAAUGGAAUGAUAACAAAACGGUCAUAAAGCAUGAGUCGUUUCUCUAUAAAUAACGACAUUACUCUUCAUCAUUAGUUCAUAACCAAGUUCAUCUUAAUUUACUUAUUAUUUUCAACACACUUAAUUAGUUCUUCUUUGGUUUUAGUAUAAUUAACAUAAUAAAAUGUCGUCUAUUGGAGCAAACUACGCACAACUACAAGUUAUGCAGAAGAAGCAGAAGGACAAGAUGAUGAAGAAGAGACUCGAGAAGGAGAAAGAUGGCGGCAGCAUAGACGGUGGAGAGGGAGACAGAGUUUCUUCCGCUGCCACUGGAAAGAGUGGUAAUAGAAUAUUUCCGGUCAAGUCUUCUCAAUCGACGACUUACGAGGAAGAAGUAGAAAGACACCAGUAAUUGUGAGAUUUGUCUUCUGUUUAGCAAGACUUGUGUCUCAUCAUCUUUUCUUUUAUGUCUUUGUGUGUGUGGUGUGAAGUGUGAUAUAAGUGGUCGCCUUUGUGUCUAGGUUUUUAAGUUACGUAAUUUGUGCAGGUUUGCUUUGUUGGGUGUUGAUGUUGGUAAGUUGCAUUAAAAAUUAUCUGUUGAAUGUUGAUGUUGGUAAAUUGUAUUUUUUUCGUAUAUGUAUGUUCAACCAACUUGUAGAAUAGUUAUCUGUCGACAAUUUCUUUUUUUUUUCGUUGAUGUUCAA